UAUCGUUUCUUUGACCAUUUUCUCGGGAUCCAUCCCUCCCCGACCGGACGGAGGUAUAAAUAACACAACGCCGACGCAGGCGGCUAAAGUUUACGCGUGGUGCUCCAUCAUGACACGACGGGCUUCUCUCGUUCAAAUAUUCGUCUGCGUGACGCUCGUCGUAGUCGCGGCCGACCAAGAGACGUGCGACAAGACGAAAUGUCUGGGCCCGUUGAAGUAUUACGAUGAUCUCGGCUGUAAGCCGGUGUACGACAAGGAGGGCGACUGUUGCGCGUCGAAAUACGACUGCAACCACCUGAACGAGAGAGCCGCGGACAAGUGUUACAUCAAUGGCAACGAGUACGCGAUCGGCGAGGAGCUCAAGGAUGAGGACGCGAAUCCCUGUGACCGUGCAUGUGUCUGUAGAAUGGGCUACGAGGGACAUACCGCGUUUACGUGCGCCGUCGUCGAUUGUUUCGUCCCCCCACCCCCCCAGCCCGGCUGCUAUCAGCGAAAAUCGCCGUUGGAUUGUUGCAGCACAGAAACUAUCUGUCCCGAGAAACCGGAGGACGUGGCUACCUGCGUCGUAAACGGGAAAACCUACAAGGACGGCGAAUAUUUCACGGUGGAGGAGGAUCCGGAAAUGACCUGCAUCUGCCAACCGGGAUACGAAGGUAAAAACAUCGAGCCGUUCUGCGCGAAGCCGAAACGGUCGUCCUGCAACGUCGGCUUCCAUGACACUCAAAGUAUUCACCAGCACUGUGCGCCGGUUUAUUACAACAGUCAAUCGCCCCAGACCGAUUGUAACCUGAGCACGAGAUGCCAGAACGCUAACGACACCGUCAUUCACAACAACCACGACGACCUGAAGUCCGCCGAGACGCCGGAUGACGACAACGUGUGCCUGUUCGGCAACCUAAAGAUGCAUCUCGGCGACGAGCUGAAUCAAGGUACCGACUACAGUUCCGUGUGCGUCAAGUGCGUCUGCGAGGUGCCGCCAAUCCCGACCUGCCAGCGUUUGCCGAACUACGAGUGCGACGUCACGAAACACAUUGUGUUCGAAAACGCAGCACCCUUGUAAUAAUCGCCCCUUGUUUCGCGGCUGUUUGCAAUAAAGAUACCUUCGUCUACCGAUCUGCA